GAACAGUGAAUCACAUAUGGUUUGUGGAAGGAAAUAAAUGAGUCUCAUUUUCUUUCCAUUCCUUUCUUUUUAAUUUCCAAAACCUGCUUGAUCAAGGGGAAACUGGAAAUGUACAGCUAGCGGUGGCGAAUCAUUCAUGGACGGUGUCACGAUUAUUAUGGCUUACCAUUAAACAAUACACUCAAUGUAAAAGCAGAUCAAAAGCGGGAGAGAAGUCACGUUAUUGAGAGAAAUUCUCACCGACUGCAACAAUAACGUUAUCCAAUUGUCGAUAAGGUUAAACCUAUUAAUUAGUCUGAGUAGGCGCAAAAGCGCGGCUGACUCAGCUUUCCUCGUCGUCAACACAUAAAAUUUUAUCCAUCAAAAUUCGAGCAGAUAGAUCAUUUGUAAACAAGUACUUCGCCGACUUAUGGUUGGGUUUUAAUGCAAGCAAGAAGAGGGGAAGAAGAAGAGGAUAGCUUGCAAAAGUGUAUUUUAAAUUAUGGUAAUUCUGCCAAAAUCAUGGUUUAAAAUAUUUUAUAUUAUUGAGAAUAGUCUAUCGAUUCAGAAUCCGAUGAUAAAUUUUUUUUUCCUUCUUCUGUCAGACCGUUGAUACGGCACAAUUUCACAAACAUGCUACAUAAUAGGCCAUUUUUUAGGCAAGUACUAAUGGGGAGGGGACACACCGCCAUAAACGACAUUUCUUGUAAAAUUCGACGGAAAAAAGUACAUUCUGGAAAUAAAAUAUGGUAUCUCUUUAUCUUCUUAAUUCCUAUAGUACAUCUACACUCAUUUAAUUCAAUAAGGACAGUUGUAUUCACUUAUUUGAAAUUCAAAUACCAUGAUCUGAAUUCUCGUAAUUAUUAUGAUCCUCUUUUAUGGUGAAAGGAACGCCGAUGUAAAAAAUCUAAUUAGUAAGUUUGGAAAAAGGAAAUUAUUAUCCUGAUUGCGUGGAUUUCCCAUUGUCCAUUAACAUGCAUGUUCUCACUUAUUAACACCUUUUUUUCCAAGUCAGAAUUUCAAUCGAGCAGAAAUUAAUUUGUUUUACAGACAAACAAAGUGUCAAGUGGGGAAGGUAUAUAGUCGUCGUCCCUACCACCACUAGAAAGAGAGUUCUCAUUGUUUUAUUAUUGUUCACAAGAAAUUAAUUUCCACAAUCGUGUGAACUCAAACCCAGCUCAGUCAGAUACAUGGGACUAUCCGACGGUAGAUAGAUAUCUUAUUGCGAAGACUUUGCACUUUGCCCCCUCCAACUUCUCCUUAUUUGCCCUCACAUCCCUCCCACCACCAUUUCUUCACAAUAACACCCUUACAUUUUACAUAACGAAACUCCAAUAUAACUUCGUACAAACAUUGAAUUACAAUACAACGUAGAAAUGUUCGAUCAACUUACCCGAUAAAACUAAAAGUUUAAGAUUACAGCGACGAAAUGUAUCGAAACAAGUAUCUGUUUGAACACCUUUCUUCCAAAAUGAGAAACACUCAAUUGUGUGUCUUUAUCACAACUAAGCAAACAAAGAAAGAAAGAAAAAAAACUACUCAAUUAGAACCGAGGGAGGGGAAAAAAAGAUAAAGAGGAUAAUCAUAAAAUAAUUAUUACGACAGCUGGAACAAGAAGAAGAGGGAAAGAAUUAUAUGACCUUGCCUCCCAUUCAUUUUUCUAUAAAUACACUACUCCGCCAUUACCACUCUCAACUUCUCAUCUCAUUUUCUCCCUCCUUCGACUUGGGAAAAAGAAAGAAAGGAAAGAAGAAGAAGAAGAAAAAAAUUCCUACUCGAAUCACCGGCGAAGAGAAAAAUGCCGGCGGCAGGGAUCGCUCCCGGUGGCUCCGGGAAGGAGUACCCGGGGAACCUCACCCCUUUCGUCACCGUCACUUGCGUCGUCGCCGCCAUGGGCGGGCUCAUCUUCGGCUACGACAUCGGAAUUUCCGGUGGGGUGACGUCGAUGGAUUCUUUCCUGCUCAAAUUCUUCCCGUCGGUGUACCGGAAGAAGCACGCCGACGACACGGUCAACCAGUACUGCCAGUACGACAGCCAGACGCUCACCAUGUUCACCUCGUCGCUCUACCUCGCCGCGCUACUCUCGUCGAUCGUCGCCAGCACCGUCACCAGGGUCUUCGGCCGGAAGCUCUCCAUGCUCUUCGGCGGCUUGCUUUUCUUCGCCGGAGCCCUGGUCAACGGCUUCGCCCAGGCCGUCUGGAUGCUCAUCCUCGGCCGCAUCCUCCUCGGUUUCGGCAUCGGCUUCGCCAAUCAGUCGGUGCCGCUCUACUUGUCGGAGAUGGCGCCCUACAGAUACAGGGGAUCCCUGAACAUCGGCUUCCAGCUCUCCAUCACCGUCGGGAUCCUCGUCGCGAACGUCCUCAACUUCUUCUUCAACAAGAUCAAGGGAGGCUGGGGAUGGCGCCUCAGCCUGGGAGGCGCCAUGGUCCCAGCCCUGAUCAUCACAAUCGGCUCCCUCGUCCUGCCUGACACCCCGAACUCGAUGAUCGAGCGCGGGCAGACCGAGGAGGCCAAGACGAAGCUCCAGCGAAUCCGCGGUGUCGAGGACGUCGACGAGGAGUUCGACGACCUCGUCGCCGCCAGCGCGCAGUCCAAGCUCGUCGAGCACCCUUGGACCAAUCUGCUGCAGAGGAAGUACAGGCCGCAUCUUGCCAUGGCCGUCUGCAUCCCCUUUUUUCAGCAGCUGACCGGAAUCAAUGUGAUCAUGUUCUACGCGCCCGUGUUGUUCAACAGCAUCGGAUUCGGCGACGAUGCUGCGCUUAUGUCGGCGGUGAUCACCGGAAUUGUGAAUGUGUGUGCCACCAUGGUGUCGAUUUACGGUGUGGAUAAGUGGGGGAGGAGGUUUCUGUUCCUCGAAGGUGGAGUUCAGAUGUUGAUUUGUCAGGUUGUGGUGGCGGCGUGCAUCGGGGCGAAAUUCGGAAUCGACGGGAACCCAGGGGAUCUGCCGAAGUGGUACUCGAUCAUCGUCGUGCUGUUCAUAUGCAUCUACGUGGCGGGUUUCGCGUGGUCGUGGGGCCCGUUGGGGUGGCUGGUGCCGAGUGAGAUCUUCCCGUUGGAGAUCCGAUCGGCGGCGCAGAGUGUGAAUGUGUCGGUGAACAUGAUCUUCACGUUCGCGGUGGCGCAGAUUUUCCUGAUGAUGCUCUGUCAUUUGAAGUUCGGGUUGUUCCUGUUCUUCGCCUUCUUCGUGGUGGUGAUGUCGAUUUUCGUCUACUUCUUCUUGCCGGAGACGAAAGGGAUUCCGAUCGAGGAGAUGGGGCAGGUGUGGAGGUCGCACUGGUACUGGUCGAGGUUCGUGGAGGCGGAGGCAGGGCAUGGGAAUGGGAAUAUGGAGAUGGCUGCGAAAGUUGUAUGAUUGUGGUUUGAAUGGGAUUGAUGGGGAAAUUGAGGGACUGAUUGUGAAAUUUGGAUCUAUACUUUGCUUUUUUUAGAGGGUUUUGAAGGGGAUGUACUUGGGUUUGAAUUUGGUUUAGUAGUGGUACAUAAAUUGUAUUUGACUUUCAAGAUGAAUGCAAAAUACAUAUUUCGGAAAGUGAGAUUUUCUAAGAUUUGAGUGAAUUGAGGAAAUUUCCAAUAUGGUAUCUCCCCUUUUAAUGAAUAUAAUGUGAUAUCGGGUGUGAGAGUGUUUAUCUUAUAAUUUUACAUAUUAAAUGAUUGUUAUGAGAUGUUUAUUUUGUAAUCGGUUUCUUUAUUUAUAAAUAUUUUAUAUUAUGGAGAUUAAAACUUAAAAGAGUCGAUGUGAUUGUGCAGAUGAAUUUCAAUCAAGAAAGAUUAACGAUGAUAUGCGAAAAGUCUUUAUUUUGAGGUGUGUCUAUUGUUGUGAAUACCAGUGCUCAAACCAAUAAUCAUACCAUUUUUACCUCUAUCAAGAUUUAGAAAUUGCAUAUAGCUUAUACUAGUAAUGCAAAGGCUUGCGGUCAAUCUCCCAUUCGUAUUUCGUAAAACAAGGGUGAAAAGGAAGAUAAAGCAGUUAUCAAUUGUUCAGUUUAGUAGUCGCUAAUGACACUAGAGGUGAUAUUGCUACCUUAAUCAUAUAGUAGAAUUGUAGAAAUGUUGGUUUCUAUCAGAUGCGAUUGCCGUUGAUUCUGGAUAUAAGUUACCUUCUUAUUACCACCAAUUGAGAGUGCUUUUCUCAAGGAAUGUCAAACAAAAAUUGUAGAUUAGAGAUUUAGAAGAGGAAAUUAGAUAGAAUAUGGGAGAAUUGUCGGUGGCCUUAGCGAGAAGAGGGAUUGGAUUCUGAGAACUGAGAGAAGGAAAGAUUAGGAUUUGAGAGAUAAAUAGUAGGCCGGUUCGGCCAAUCACUACACUUAAACAUUUAACUGCUUUAAAAAUACUAACAGUAUACUCCCCAAAAAAUUAAAAAAAAAAGUCGAAAGACAAGAAAAGACCCUUCUGACCUUCACCAUUGAACACAAUUACACAAACCCUUUGCUAGAAUUAUGAUCUGCUGACCUAUAACCCGAUAUUUUUCCAGGCAUGCUUGUGUGGAUUAGAAGUAAAAGCCAGAAAGGAACGUCCAUUUGGUGUAGCGGAUGAGAAUCAAAAGCCCCCUUUUUUGGCAUGUGGUUUCAGAGAGGUGGGAGAACACAGCCUGCUAGCUACCAAAUCAAAUCUCAUUCACAAACUGUGAACGUGCUCUUGGAAAGCUUCGAAAGGAAAAAGUGGAAAGAAAAUGGAGUUUCGCUUUCUGUGACAGCUAACAGAUCUCAACUGUCAUUGCGCCUUCUGCAAUAAAAUCUUUUGUUCUAGGGUAUUGGAUAACAUAGUCCAGGCAUAUCACACCAGAUAAUUCCGUUGUAUUUUACAAGGAAUAAAGAAACAGGGGCCAAAGAGACAGAGUACUCUGUUUUCUCAAUAAGUUUAGGGUCACGGUUAAGAGAAGAGUGAAUGGGAGAGGGGAGCAGGUUAAAGUUCAUGUUUUUGCUCGAUAAGCGAUUGCAAAGACCGAAUCGGACUUAGGUUUGAACAAAACAUGCACUUAUCUGAAAAUCGAUAAUUUCAUACAUAAAGUAGUAUGAUAUUAUGUUUUAAUUCGAGCGCUGAUGUAAGUUUUGUUGUUUAAGCAUUGUAGAGUGGAGGGCAUGGUCCAGUGUGGUACUAUCCCUAAUCUUGUAGUUGUAUGUGGAGGUUUCGGGUUCGAAUUCUUUAAAUAGCAAAUUAUAAUGAAACUAACAUACAUAACUUAUAUAUAUAAAAAACAGUAUUUUAAAAUGAAUAAGUUAUUCAAUAAUAUCUAUCCGACUUCAACCAAAUUUAAAUUUGAAUUGAAUUGUAUGAUUGAUGCGCAUCCCCCCCCCCCCCCCCCCCCCCCCCCCCCCUCAAUUGCCUCUAACCGAUCCGAGGCCUUAGAAAGAAGGAAAAACUGACUCUAUUGUACAAAAGAAGAAAAAGAAGGAAAGGUUGACUUACCAUAUAGAAAUUGGAAUGGAUGAAAUUGAAUCUAGAUUUAGCUUUUAUCGAGUUUUGAUUUGUUCGUGGGUGUGUCGAUUAUAUUCCAGUAUAAAUGAAAUUUGAUUAUGAUUACAUCUAAAUAAUGAGAAAAACGAAUAACAAAUCGAUCGAAGAUGCAUUAAUUACAAGAUAAGUCUUUUUUUCCCCUUCUUUUUCUCAAUAAUUAGUUUUGCAUACAUAUGAAUCAUUUAUAAGUGGAUAAGAUUGUUAUUUUUUAUGUGUCACUAUAUAUAUCCUUUUUCCAUGGAAAAGGAGGUUGGGAAUCAUGUGCUCUUGUACAUCUGUGGUUGGUGCAUCACUUUGAUUACAUCCCCAUGAAUACAUCCAUUCUAGAGAUUUGAGAAAUCACAAAAAGGGAAAGUAGUCUAUGAUGACAAGGUUGUCAACCCGCGGGUUGAUCUGGACCCGGUUGAGCUAGUGGGUCAAGGGUUAAUGGGUCACCCGUUUUAGCCCGGUUUAGCCCGAAAAUAUGGAAAGCGUCAUUAUAUUAUACUUAUCCUGAUAAAUUAUAUAAAAUCUCAUAUAACAUAUGACUUAUAACAUAUAAUAUUACACCAAAAUAACAUUUCGUACUUAGAUUCAACAUAUAGUGAAAAUUCACACACACUUAUAUAACAUUAAUAUUCAAAUGUUCAAUUUAGGAUUCCAAAGAUUGAGUUAGGCGAAAAGAAAAAUCGGAAAAUAGGCGCAUUUCGCAAAACAAAGAAAAAAAAUGACACAAUUUGAGCUCCAACCCGGUAGCGGUCGACCCGACGGGUGCGUGCGGCCCGUUUUUCUCACCGGGUCAGGGUCAAAGUGGGUUAACCGCGGGUCAUGCCACAAACACCAAACAAAUGAUUCUUCCUUCUUCCCCUCGUGACAAAUCUUCUUUCUUCUUUCUGCCUUUUUCCUUUUUCUGAAUAAAUGUUCUUAGGAUUCUUCUUUUCAUUUGGCACUAGCGCUGGACCCGGCCCAUUGGCCGGAAGUUGUGAAAAUGAAUAGAUGAUUGAAACAAUAAAACUGAAUGUAAUGUAUAUUUUUUAAUCUUCGUUAUACAUCUCUUGUGUCUUUUCGAUUCUAAUUAUGAAGUUCGAAUUUGGUGCACAAUUAGAGAUUUAUUAAUUAAAAUUGCUUAAGAAAUGCUCUCCCAAAAAAUUCUUUAGAAAUCAAAUAUUCAAUUUCUUAUUGAGUUAUAUGUUGAACAACUAUAAUUUAGAAGCAACACUAAAGAAUGAAUGAUCAUUGAGAUACUGAAUCCCAAACAAAAGUGAAAGAAUUAAAAAGUUACCAACAAAAUCUUUUUACUAUACCAUUUUACGUAUUGGGUUAUAGGUAUAAUAUGCCCCUCUACUAUGACGUUUUAUCAAACAUGCCCCUCUAUUAUUUUUUACAUCAAACAUGCCCCUGUAAUUUGGAAAAACUAUCAAACAUAUGCCCUUCAGUUAAAAUUUCCAUUGAGAAAAUCGUCAAUCAUGGCUGAACCGAGAUUUAGACCCUUGCUUUAUUUCUCUAGGUCUCAUCAAAGUGAAAUUAUUAGAAUUAUUUGGCUAUACUAAAGAACAAAAAAAACUCUAAAUUGAAAUUAUUAGAGAUAUUUUAGAUAUUUGGGUCGCCCAAACCAAAGUUCGGUCUUGGUUAACGAUUUUUGGAUGGAAAUUUUAACAAAAGGGCAUGUUUGAUAAGUUUUCCAAAGAACAUGGGCAUGUUUGAUGUAAAAAAUAGUAGAGGGGCAUGGUUUGAUAAAACGUCAUAAUCAGGGCGGACCCAUGCAUUAGCAAGGUGUGUCAACCGACACACCUUGACUCGGAAAUUUUGUGAGAGAUCCAUGUUUCAUUGGUACAAAAAAAUUGAAUUUGGAAUUUCUGACACACCUCACAUAAUUGCAAUCGACACACCUUUAAUACACUACAUUGAUUUUGAUGUCAUAUAGCAAUAGUUACCAAAAUACAUAAUUAUAUAUUAUUUAUUUUAAUUUUUAGUGAAUAUGUCGAGAGGAAAAAAUCCACAACCCAUGGCUCACAAUUCUCUGUCCUCUGCUCCACUCUCUAAUUGCUAGCACCUGCCGGUGGAACCUCAUCCUCUUUCAAACUUUUACGUUAACGUCUGUCGCCAACGUUCCUGCUUUCCAUUUUAUGCUAUGGAGUUAAUCAAGAGUGAACUUCAAAUCAGUUUUAUGAAUUAAUUUAUACUUUUGUACGUCGAUAAAAGUUUGAUCACACCAUAAGCGACAAAUAUAUUUUACAAACCUUUCUGAAUAUGAAAAGUUAUCGUGUGUCACUGUGAAAAAUAAUAAAUCACGACCUUAAUGAAUUAAUGAUUUAUUU